AUGAGAAUACCGGAAGAGUAUUGGGUGGAAUUUACGGUGUAUAAGAUGGAUGGUCAAGCAAGUACUUGGUGGAAGCAAGUAAAAAUAAGACUUAAUGUUGCGGAAAUGAAUUGGGAACAGUUUGAGGUUCUCUUUAAUGAACAAUACUUCCCUCAGAGCUAUAGGGAUGAGAAGGUAAUGGAGUUUAUGUCCUUGCUUCAAGGUGAUAUGUCGGUGAGGGAGUAUGAGGCAAAAUUUAAUGACUUGUCCCGCUUUAUGCCAUCUCUUGUAGAGUCUGAGCAUUUGAAAUGCCUGAAAUUUGAGAAAGGUCUCAAGAAUUCUCAAAGCAAGGAAGCAGUUGGUCGAGUUUCUUCUUCUGGUGGACCCUUUGCUUCAGGCGGGCCACAACGGAGUGGUAGAAGAAACCGCAAUCAGGGACAGAUUAGCGGGAAAAUGAUCAGUGGUGGCAGUAGUUCAUCGGGAAGUGACAGGAGUGGUCCCUACAACCCCAAAUGUCAUUAUUGUGGGCAGAUUGUCCACAUUAGAAGGAAUUGCCCAAAUUGGAAUCAGCCGCUGACUCAGCAAUCUUAG